AUGGAUACAUUACUAUUCUAUGGUUUCUUUGACUUUUAUUGCAAGUUUGAUUUCACCAAUCGAUUGAUUUGUAUUCGUUUAGGUAAACCAACCAGCUAUAGUUUGGUAUCAAAAUCCUACAAGGAUAACAACAAUCAAAGUCUCAUUCGCAUUGAAGAUCCAUUCGAUACAUCUGCUAAUCCAGGUGCAUCUGUUAAAUUAUCAUCUUCAUUCAAGAUUAUCAUCUUUGAAUUCAUGUCAAUGCAAUCAAAAUUAUUACAACUAUCCAACAAAAAAGAUAUUAUUUAUCAUCAAGAAUUUGAUCAUCUCUUUUCAAAAUCAUUAAAAUUAAAUCAACUUUAUAAAAAAUCAAAAUAA